AUGAGUGGUGCAGCUUUGGGCAUUGAGAUAGUAGUUGUCUUCUUUCUGGCAUUAAUCAUACUACAUCGGUAUGGAGACUUCAAAAAACAGCACAAGCUUGUGAUUGUAGCUACCCUACUUGCUUGGCACCUCUGUUUUCUCAUAGUAUUUAUAUUGCCUUUGGAUGUCACAACGGUAAGGAAUUUCAUUUUAUUUCCCCACUUUGUAUGAAAGUUGAUUAUUAUGCAUAAAGUGUUCUAGGUAGGAGUGGCAGAUUUUCUUUUAUUAAGUGGGCAGUACUGAUACUUCUAAAAAGUUGUAUCAAAUUGCAUAAAAGCUUUGAUUUUCAAAAUAAUCCUUUGUCAGCAGGCAAUAUUGGAAACAAUUAAAAAUAAAGAGUGAGUGAGGAUUUGGACAUCCACUGUAUGCCAUUGCUCUGUCUAAAAUGAAAUUUCAGCUUGGCUCCAUUUUGAUCGUUGGUGUUUACAGCCCCCCAGCCCUUUUGUAGCUGUUAUGCUACAAAAGUUACAGUGGUUAAAAUGAGGCACAAUUCACCAGCUUUUCCCAGCCCUACCUCUUUGAAGCUCUCCAGCAGUGCCCUCCCCAUUCUGACGAAGUUGCUUGCAUGUAGGAAGCUUCCCCAGCAUGAGCAUGACUGCUGAUGGUUAUGAUCCACAGUAAACAGGACCAGGUCUGGACAUGCAGACCCAUGCUCUGCUGCUCUGAUCAGUGGAUUCCUUCUAUGCCAGGCAUAGGCAAACUCGGCCCUCCAUAUGUUUUGGGACUUCAACUCCCAUCAUCCCUAGCUAACAGGACCAGUGGUCAGGGAUGAUGGGAAUUGUAGUCUCAAAACAUCAGGAGGGCCGAGUUUGCCUAUGCCUGUUCUAUGCUAAUACAUGGCUGUAAAAAAAAAAUACCUGGAAAUGGUGCAUUAUAAGUAAAGCUAAUUUAUUUGACCUUAUAGUGAAAAUGAGUACAGGUCACUCCCCAGUUACAUGGAGGUUACAUUCCGAACCCCCAUGCGCAUAUGAGAAGUCUCGUAAAAUGGGGAGUUGCCUGUAUCAGCUCAGCUGAUGAGUGGGGAAGAACCUUGCCCACCCAUCAGCUGUGUGAGAGCCACUCUGUCCCCCUGGCUCUUGCGUGUGAGCGGACGGACAUUGUGGCUCUCACACAGUUGAUGGGUGGGGAAGCGACUGCUGCUGCGCUACCACACAUGUCAGCAGUUAGGUGGGGAAGCCUUCUCGCGAGGAGACCCUCCCCAUAGCCUGAAGAGGAUCUCCUCUGGGAAAAGUCUCCUUACGAGCUAGGACUCCUCUCCAAGAUGUUUCUGGGAUCCCGAUCCUGCAUGUGUGCAUGGUCACGUGCAAAUAGAGCAUGCAUAAAUGGGGAGUUGCCUGUAUUAGAUUUAAAUAUGCAACUAAAUUAGCAGACUUCUUUAUAACCCUUCCCCCCACCCAGAAAUAUCAUUUCACUUUUCUCUAAUGGCUGACUCUUUUUUUGUUGUUGUUGUCCUCUAGACUAUAUACAAUCGAUGCAAGGUUAAUCUGAAUUCUAGUCCACCUGAAAGUACCACCAGUAAUGUUUCAUACACUACUCCUGCUCCAAGGUACUUAUGUUCUUAUGCACAGCAAUCUUAAACUACUUCUUUUCUGUGACUAGAAAAUGCCUUAGUUACUUUAUGAAACAAGUAAAAGAUCUACUCUUUUCUAAAGUUCAGUUUCUGUGUGGCAUGGGCACUCACCAGUAUACAAAUGAGAAAAGGGUAAACCUCUCAUUUUAAAAGGUUUCUAUGCAUUUUAAAAUCUGGUUGUGUUUUAGAAGUUGUAUUAUUUCAAGUACUGCUCUAACUGGAAAAUUUGGAUGGGGGGGAACGUUUAGUCAGAGUAUCCCUUCCCUCUUCCCCUGGCUUAUUUCCUAACUACCACAUCUUAAAGUGGAAAGGUUUCACAAAUGCCUAAGAUUAUCUUGGUGUCCCUCUAGGAAGAGUCAGUUUGUAGUUUGUGGAGUAGCUGCUGAAAAUGCUCUGCACCUAAGAGAUCUAGGUGGCAAAACACCACUCUUAAUUAUUGUGAUGGGAUAUAUAGUGGGGGGAAGGCAAUCUUUAUAGCCUGCAAAGCCUUUGGCACAUCAUUGACAUCAGUUGCUUGUAGGUUUAGUUGGCCAGUAAGAUUACCUGCAAACCUGUGGGAAGCCAGAGUAGGCACUGGAUCACUGUGAACCAAGUUUCUUCUCUGAUUCCUCCUCUGCUGUAUGAAACAUCAUAGGCAUGCAUUUCAGGAAGAAGAUUGAAGUUAAAGAAUCAUUGUAAAGUCUGAGUAAUCCAAAAGUUAUGAUGUAUAACCCAUAUUGAGAAGGGUGGAAAUUUGCAUUCAUGUGUGAUGAUGGAAUAAUUAUAGCCGAGGUGUUAUUCUAAGCUUCAGCUUGACUCAGAGAAAUCAAUUUAAUUUGCAUGUAUUGCUUUCACGACUCUUAAAUAGUGCCCAUUAUGUGAAUUACUUCGGCCUUUUUUUAAAGGCUUCUAUGAUUGUUGUUUCUGGGUUUUUUUAAAAAACAAAGCAGCAUGGAUUUCUGAAUAUCACAGUGUUCCGUUUCUGACUAAUUUGUGAUUUUCUGAACAAAAUAAUUAAUGUUACUUUGCAAUAACAUAAUCUUUUUUUGAAACAACUAAACAUGACUUUAGGAGGAAAAAAACAAUGCUUUCUUCUUUGUUAUACGUAAAUCUGCCCUUCUUUCUUUACAGAAAACAUGAAUGUUUCAAACCAUGGAGUUAUAUUCCUGAUGGAAUUAUGCCAAUAUUUUGGCGGGUGGUAUACUGGACAUCACAGUUCUUAACAUGGUAAGGAACUGGAGAAACUUCUGGAAUAUUUGAAACAGCUCAAAUGAAUACAUUCAAAGGAACAACAUUUUGUUUAGUAUUGUUUAAUAUGUAGUACUAGGUGGCUGACCAUUCAAUGUAGAACUUUUGGUUACUUUAAUCCAGGGUUAGCCAAUGUAGUGCCCUGCAGAUGUUGCUGGACUACAGCUCUCAACAUCCCUGACCAUGCUGGCUGGGGCAGAUGGGAGAUGUAGUCCAUCAGAUUUCAGAAGUUAUAGCCACUGUUUUUCCAAGGCCUACAGUUAUGUUUUGUUUCAAGCAUGUUAUGCUAACAAAUGAAUAGUGGAUAGGUAAGAUGAAAUGGUUUUGUUCAUUAAUUUUGUUGUUUGUUUCUAGGAUUCUGUUACCCUUUAUGCAGUCAUAUGCUAGGUCAGGAGGCUUUUCCAUUACUGGAAAGAUUAAAACAGCACUAAUUGAAAAUGCAAUCUACUAUGGGACAUACCUUCUGAUAUUUGGAGCAUUCUUAAUAUAUGUGGCUAUAAAUCCAAAAUUCAACCUGCAAUGGUAAGGUUUGCCAUACACUUUUAUACUUCAGAUCUUUAUAUAUUGAGGAUUUUAUUUUAGUACACAGUUGAUUUAAAUCUGUGUUAUGGGGUUUAGAGGACAUAUUUUGUGUCACAUGUAGUGAAAUACAUUUAGUAUUUUCAUAACUUGGAUUUUAAAACAAAUUGUCAGACUGGGAACCAAAAGCUAAUUUGGGCAUUGCCAAACUUUUGUCACUCCCCUUGCCCCUGAAAUUUCAUUUCAGUGCUGACAGCAUGCUCUGUUUUCAGCAGGGAUUGACUCCACUCAAAAGCUCCAAUCAUGUUUGCAAGUAGAACCAAUCCAAGCAGGGCUUGCAUUGCCAAAUUCAAAGGGUGGCAAAUGCAAGCCAGACACAAAAGAACACUCAGAAACACAUUAUAAGCCUCCUAAUUGUUCCUCUAAGUCCGCGGCCGUACAUAUGACAUGGUUGGGGUAUUAUUAUUAUUAUUAUUAUUAUUAUUAUUAUUAUUAUUAUAGUGUGGAGCAGGUGGACACAGCUGGUGGGAAACUGCCUCACAGAUCAACAAUGAUGGCAGGCCUAGUGGGCAAAAGGGUCCCCAUCCCUGAUUUAAUGCUUCACACAUAAUGAGGGUCAUCUGCAAAAGAAAUGUUUAUCUAAAUUAAAAAUAAUUUAAGAGAGAGUGAAUUUCUAUUUUUAAAUAUAUGAGUGAGCUUUGUUUGUAUAAAGAUCAUUAGUAAUUAUUUCUAUGUUAGGAGUCAACUUCAGACAAUUGGAAUAGCUGCUGCCAACACCUGGGGCCUUUUCCUUUUGGUGCUGCUGUUAGGGUAUGGCCUGGUUGAAAUUCCACGCUCUCACUGGAACGGAGCAAAGAAAGGUUACCUUCUUAUGAAGACUUAUUUCAAGGCUGCUAAACUGAUGACUGAGAAGGCUGACGCAGAAGAAAACUUGGAGGAUAUAAUGGAGGCAAGUUAAUUCUGCAACCUAAGUGUGGAUGGUAGAUAAGACCCUCAUUUGCUUUGGAAAUUACGGUACAUUAAAGCAAAAAAGUCACAAAAUAUCUGAAAUUAUAUCCUAUGCUUUGCUUAUGCAAGGGGAAUUCCCUGCUCCCCGAUGGUUUGAUAUUCCAGUUUGUUUCAUAAGCCAAAAGCAGCCAAGUUGUGUCUUCCCCCAUCUCCCCCUGCCCAUCUUCUCCACCAUUUCUUCCACCACUUUUUGCCGCCAGGAUGAAAUGAAGUCAUAAAUAAGAAUGCAUUGCUGGCAGUUUGAUAGAAGUCCUACUGCAAUCUUAUUUUCAAAAAUAUUCUUAACUUUAGCAGCAUUGCAUCUUGCUGAAUUGCACAUGAAUUGAAAGUGGGGGCGGGGACUCAACUACACCUUGUUGUUGUUGUUUAGUCGUUUAGUCGUGUCCGACUCUUCGUGACUCCAUGGACCAGAGCACGCCAGGCACUCCUAUCUUCCACUGCCUCCCGCAGUUUGGUCAGACUCAUGUUUGUAGCUUCGAGAACGCUGUCUAACCAUCUUGUCCUCUGUCGUCCCCUUCUUCUUGUGCCCUCAAUCUUUCCCAACAUCAGGGUCUUUUCCAGGAGUCUUCUCUUCUCAUGAGGUGGCCAAAGUAUUGGAGCCUCAGCUUCACGAUCUGUCCUUCCAGUGAGCACUCAGGGCUGAUUUCCUUAAGAAUGGAUACGUUUGAUCUUCUUGCAGUCCAUGGGACUCUCAAGAGUCUCCUCCAGCACCACAGUUCAAAAGCAUCAAUUCUUCGGCGAUCAGCCUUCUUUAUGGUCCAGCUCUCACUUCCAUACAUCACUACUGGGAAAACCAUGGCUUUUACUAUACGGACCUUUGUUGGCAAGGUGAUGUCUCUGCUUUUAAGAUGUUGUCUAGGUUUGCCAUCGCCUUUCUCCCAAGGAGCAGGCGUCUUUUAAUUUCGUGACUGCUGUCACCAUCUGCAGUGAUCAUGGAGCCCAAGAAAGUAAAAUCUCUCACUGCCUCCAUUUCUUCCCCUUCUAUUUGCCAGGAGGUGAUGGGCCCAGUGGCCAUGAUCUUCGGUUUUUUGAUGUUGAGCUUCAGACCAUAUUUUGCGCUCUCCUCUUUCACCCUCAUUAAAAGGUUCUUUAAUUCCUCCUCACUUUCUGCCAUCAAGGUUGUGUCAUCUGCAUAUCUGAGGUUGUUGAUAUUUCUUCCGGCGAUCUUAAUUCCGGCUUGGGAUUCAUCCAGCCCAGCCUUUCGCAUGAUGAAUUCUGCAUAUAAGUUAUAAGUAAGCAGGGAGACAAUAUACAGCCUUGCCAUACUCCUUUCCCAAUUUUGAACCAAUCAGUUGUUCCAUAUCCAGUUCUAACUGUAGCUUCUUGUCCCACAUAGAGAUUUCUCAGGAGACAGAUGAGGUGAUCAGGCACUCCCAUUUCUUUAAGAACUUGCCAUAGUUUGCUGUGGUCGACACAGUCAAAGGCUUUUGCAUAGUCAAUGAAGCAGAAGUAGAUGUCUUUCUGGAACUCUUUAGCUUUCUCCAUAAUCCAGCGCAUGUUUGCAAUUUGGUCUCUGGUUCCUCUGCCCCUUCGAAAUCCAGCUUGCACUUCUGGGAGUUCUUGGUCCACAUACUGCUUAAGCCUGCCUUGUAGAAUUUUAAGCAUAACCUUGCUAGCGUGUGAAAUGAGUGCAAUUGUGCGGUAGUUGGAGCAUUCUUUGGCACUUCCCUUCUUUGGGAUUGGGAUGUAGACUGAUCUUCUCCAAUCCUCUGGCCACUGCUGAGUUUUCCAAAUUUGCUGGCAUAUUGAGUGUAGCACUUUAACAGCAUCAUCUUUUAAAAUUUUAAAUAGUUCAGCUGGAAUACCAUCACUUCCACUGGCCUUGUUAUUAGCAGUGCUUUCUAAGGCCCAUUUGACUUCACUCUCCAGGAUGUCUGGCUCAAGGUCAGCAACCACACUACCUGGGUUAUACGAGACAUCCAUUUCUUUCUGGUAUAGUUCCUCUGUGUAUUCUUGCCACCUCUUCUUGAUGUCUUCUGCUUCUGUUAGGUCCUUUCCACUUUUGUCUUUUAUUAUGGAAAUCUUCCUUUCAUGUUCGUACGAAAUGUUCCUUUCAUAUCUCCAAUUUUCUUGAACAGAUCUCUGGUUCUUCCCAUUCUAUUGUUUUCCUCUAUUUCUUUGCAUUGCUCGUUUAAGAAGGCCUUCUUGUCUCUCCUUGCUAUUUUUUGGAAAUCUGCAUUUAAUUUCCUGUAUCUUUCACUAUCUCCCUCGCAUUUUGCUUGCCUUCUCUCCCCCCGCUAUUUGUAAGGCCUCAUUGGACAGCCACUUUGCUUUCUUGCAUUUCCUUUUCAUUGGGAUAGUUUUAGUUGCUGCCUCCUGUAUAAUGUUACGAGCCUCCAUCCAUAGUUCUUCAGGCACUCUGUCCACCAAAUCUAAAUCCUUAAACCUGUUCCUCACUUCCACUGUGUAUUCAUAAGGGAUUUGACUUAGAUUGUAUCUUACCGGCCCAGUGGUUUUCCUACUUUCUUCAGUUUAAGCUUGAAUUUUGCUAUAAGAAGCUGAUGAUCUGAGCCACAGUCAGCUCCAGGUCUUGUUUUUGCUGACUGUAUAGAGCUUCUCCAUCUUUGGCUGCAGAGAAUAUAAUCAGUCUGAUUUCGAUGCUGCCCAUCUGGUGAUGUCCAUGUGUAGAGUCAUCUCUUGUGUUGUUGGAAAAGAGUGUUUGUGAUGACCAGCUUGUUAUCUUGGCAGAACUCUAUUAGCCUUUGCCCUGCUUCGUUUUGAACUCCAAGGCCAAACUUGCCAGUUGUUCCUUUUAUCUCUUGACUCCCUACUUUAGCAUUCCAAUCCCCUAUAAUGAGAAGAACAUCCUUCUUUGGUGUCAUUUCUAUAAGGUGUUGUAAGUCAUCAUAGAAUUGGUCAAUUUCAGUUUCUUCAGCACCAGUAGUUGGUGCAUAAACUUGGAUUACUGUGAUGUUAAAAGGUCUGCCUUGGAUUCGUAUCGAGAUCAUUCUAUCAUUUUUGAGAUUGCAUCCCAGUACAGCUUUUGACACUCUUUUGUUGACUAUGAGGGCCACUCCAUUUCUUUUACGGGAUUCUUGCCCACAGUAGUAGAUGUGAUGGUCAUCCGAACUGAAUUCGCCCAUUCCCGUCCAUUUUAGUUCACUGAUACCCAGGAUGUCAAUAUUUAUUCUUGCCAUCUCACUUUUGACCACAUCCAACUUACCCAGGUUCAUGGUUCUUACAUUCCAGGUUCCUAUGCAAUAUUUUUCUUUACAGCGUUGGACUUUCCUUUCGCUUCCAGGCAUAUCCGCAACUGAGCAUCCUUUCGGCUUUGGCCCAGCCGCUUCAUCAGCUCUGAAUCUACUUGUACUUGUCCUCCGCUCUUCCUCAGUAGCAUGUUGGACGCCUUCUGACCUGAGGGGCUCAUCUUCCAGCGUCAUAACUUUUAUAUGCCUGUUGUCUUUGUCCAUGGAGUUUUCUUGGCAGGGAUACUGGAGUGGCUUGCCGGUUCCUGCUCCAGGUGGAUCAUGUUUGGUCAAAACUCUCCACUAUGACCUGUCCAUCUUGGGUGACCCUGCAUGGCAUAGCUCAUAGCUUCUCUGAGUUAUUCAAGCCCCUUCGCAACGGCAAGGCAGUGAUCCAUAUAAGGUGCAAGGCAGGCACCUUAUACUUUUAAUAAGUGUUUCUGGUCUCUCUCUUAAACAGGAGGUUCGCAAAGUUAACGAAAGCUUCAAAUACAACCACCCUUUGAGAAAAUGUGUGGACACAAUAUUAAAGAAGGUAACAAAUUUAUCUUUGCAAUAUUAUUGAAUAUCACGUUUUAUCACGGGUAAUGAAAAUACCACUCAGCAUGGCAAGGCUUGUCAGCCUAGUUGCCUGGGCAAGGAGUUUGCUCCCUCCUCUUUCCCUUAUGCCAUGACAUUGUCAGCUUGACUGGCUGGGGUCUGUCCUAAAUCAAUCAACCAAUCACAGUGCAGAAGCAGCAGUAGUACUUUGGGGCAAUUGGGAUGCAUGGAAAAUGUGUGGAAGAAUGGAAGGUAGAGUUUUUCCAUUUAUUGAUUUAAUAUUCUGUCCCCCUCCCAACAGCUUUUGCAGCAAAAAUAAAAUCACAAAAAAGCUGUUGCAUGGCUGUUACCUGCUACUACCCCAUCUCAGCAGCAAACGCUUGUAGCCAAGAAGAGUGCUGCAACACUCAUCACAGCAAUUUCUCUGGCUGAAAUGGUGUUAUCCUAUAACACACUCUUUUCCACAGGGAGCUAUUCUGGCUCCUGUUGCCACUUUAGAGGGUCAAGAGGAGAAGAUGAGAGGCAACCCCUAUUCUCUUUCUGGCUGGAAAGUCUUGGCCUAGAAAAAGGAAGGAGGCGAGUGUCCUUUCAGCUGCUUCUUAUGAGGGUUUCAGGCUAGCUAGCUUUGCUGCGGUGAUGUGUCGUGCUGUUAAUAUGUAUUGGGACUAUUAUCUUUCCAUUUCAGUGUCCUGUUGAGUAUCAGGAAAGAAUGGGUAGGAACAUGGAUGACUAUGAAGACUUUGAAGAAAGGCCCAAUACUUAUCCGACAGAGAAAAACCUGGCUAAACUUCAUAAGCAGGUAACAAGAUAGCUUAAGUGUAUUAAAUUUAUGUAGAGCUAUUCCAUUUCUAGGGAAAUCCACAUGUGCAGACAUCUGAAGUCAACUAACGUGGUUUGUAUACUCAUUCCAAAAGAGUUUGUUUUUCUAAUAGAGCUGGUGUGCAUCUGAACAAAUAAUUGAUUUUUUAAAAAAUAUUUCCAGUGCGGUUGUAAAAACUUGUGCUGCAGGGGAGGCAGUAGAAAAUUAAUCAAAGACUAAUAAAUCCAAAAAAAAGUUACAGUGAAAGAGAAGUCUCUGUGCGUUUAAUGGCAUGUCACAAAUUCUACUUUGCAACUUUGAACUGUGAAUUCAUAAGACAUAACUGGUGGCCAUAGACAUUGCUGUGCAUGGGAAACUGUUUUCAGUUUUAGUUUGGUGUGUGCAUUAGUGUGUGUGUGUUAUACAUCGCUUUGAGAUAUAUGAGUAAGGCAAUAGAAUAAUAAUAAAAUGUGCAUUUUUAAGGAAGGAGUACUUUCCUCAUUUGGUGGAAUAUUUGAGCCAUUUGUUCUGUUUAUUUAUCUCUCUACCGCCACCCUGGAACUAUUGCCAUAGAUAAUUAGAAUGUUGUUUUUGUUUCCGUAGGUAAUUUAUUCUGUUCAAAGGCAUCGUCGUACGCAGGUCCAGUGGAGAAUUCUUUUAGAGCAAGCCUUUUACCUGGAGGAUGUGGCAAAAAAUGAAACCAGUGCAACUCAUCAGUUUGUUCAUACUUUUCCAUCUCAAGAACCUGAAAACAAGAUUGCUCGGUAUCUUUAUACACCAACUGUUGGUAAGUGUUGUUCUUCAUAUUAUAGGAUACAAAAUGCUAGAAAACAAAUAGAAAAAACGAAAGUUCGUCACAGCACACUGCCCAGAUCACUCCAACCUGCGCCAGCAGCGCACGCACAAGCAGUUACAAUAGGCUGCGGGGGAAAAAGGAUGUCUGUUCAUUUCUCCCAACUUAAAGUCCUCUUUCUCAUCAUAAUAGUAGUUAUUCAUUUCUACAGCGGCUGUUAGAGGAAAUGAGCUGCUUUGAAAUGAUUUUUACAUUCCUUCCCUUGCUAUUUCCUCAUUUAAUAACCUCUUCAGUAAUCGUGUACAUUUUUCCAGAGUGGUACUGGGAGUGUCUGCUGAGGCCAUGGUUUCACAGAAUCCUUGCAAUUAUUUUGGCCACAUUUUCUAUCAUUGUCGUAUGGUCGGAAUGCACGUUCUUCAGCACAAGGCCAGUUCUGUCUCUGUUUGCAGUCUUCAUAAAACUGGCAGAGAAGAAUUACAACUAUUUCUACAUAGAGGUCAGUUUAUCAACUCUUAAUGACAUUUGGGACUUCUAGAGUAAUUUGCUCGUUUCUUAAAUGCUUGUAUCUUCUGAUCAUUUUAGAGUUGGAGAAAGGAUGUUUGGAGGGAGCAAUUGUGGUGGAGUUCAGGGGAUUUUUGUGGGUGGAGUUUGGCUUUUCAGAUGGUGUUCCCCACAAUACGCAAUUUCAUGUAUAUGUGUGGUACAGGAAUGUUACCCACCAUGUAAGUGAGGAAACGUCUGUACAUAGUGAUGCCACAGCUAUUUCUGUCAGGAAAAAAAAGUAGAAUGGUCAUGCAGCUGAUUGGCAGCUGAUCCCAUGGUACAGGCUUAUUCUCACUAACUUUUCUCCACGCAAUCAAGUACAGUGACUUGUCACCUUGCAGAAAAAUAUGCAGUUGUACCCUGGAAGUCAAACGGAAUCCGUUCCGGAAGUCCAUUUGACUUCCAAAAUGCUUGAAAACCAAAUCGUAGCUUCUGAUUGGCUGCAGGAAAUCCAGAAGCCCCGUUGGAUGUUCAGGUUCCAAAAGAACGUUCACAAACCGGAACAAUCACUUCCGGGUUUGUGGCAUUCACGACCCAAAACUUCCAAGUUCCAGGGCGUUUGGAAUCCAAGAUACAUCUGUAGAAGUAUGAAUAAGUUGGCCCUUGUUUUGUGCAUCAUACAAACAGUGUUAUUUGCACCUUUACAUUUGCAUAGUCCGUUCUCAUGCUAUAACCCUUUGUAUAAAGAAUGCAUGAUCAGUUUAUAAAGCAGCUAACAAAGCAGAUUAUACUUACCUGACUGUGAAUGCAAUCUUUGUCUGUUUUGCAGAUGGCUUGUUUCUUGACCAUCUUUUUCCUCAGUAUCUGUGUUUACUCUACUGUCUUCAGGAUCCGUGUAUUCAACUAUUACUAUUUAGCUUCUCACCAUCAGACGGAUGCGUAUAGUUUGCUUUUCAGUGGCAUGUAAGUAAUUAAUUAAUGUAUUUCUUGGAUAGCUUUAAAUAGUUAGAGGUGAGGCAAUGCAAAAAUUACACUAUAACAUACUUAGUUCAUAACCCAGCUACAUCCAGAGAACACUAUCUUCCUUGAUUCACCUCAAAUACAAUAUAUCAGUGUUGGGAAGUCUCUUGUCCAUUAGCCUAAUUAGGUCUACCAGGCCUUCCCAUUUAGCCCAUGAUACCAUCAAGCCACACCCACCUGUCCUACACUUGAGGUCAUGUAUGAUGUCAGAUGUGAGGCAGGUGAAGACACAGCUUCCUGCUAAAAGCAGGAUUUGCAGGCACUGCCAAUCAACCGAUCACCAGGAUCCAUAAAGUUCCAUGGAAAGGAAAAUGAGUGUCCUGACCUCAAUUAGACAUCAGGCCAGCUAACCAAAUAGAUUCCCACCCCAAUAUAUGAAUACUGAUAGUUGGUGACAAUUGCAUGUUGAACAGAUACAAAUAUUGGCUAUUUUGUUUACUACUAAACAUUGAAAGAAUCUAUGACAAAGAGUGCUCAAAACAUACAAUAGGCAUACAUGAAAAAUAUAGAUACAGCUCCUAGAUGUUUUGAUAGUUAGCAUUGGUUGAUAAGAUCUUAGUAAUGUGGAAGGAAGAUGGAGAUGCCAAAUACAGAAGAAAAUGCUUCAGAAUUGCCAACUCUUUUCACGCAGGCUGUUUUGCCGUUUGACUCCUCCACUGUGUCUGAAUUUCUUGGGCUUGACUCAUAUGGAUUCAACAAUUGCAAAGAGUUUAGAACAGCCAACUGCAUAUACAUCUGUAAGUAAACAGAAUAUGUCUUGAUGUAAUGCGUUUCAACAGUAAGUGUUAAAUGGUGUUCACAGAUCAAAAUUGAAAGUGUUUUGCCAAAAAUGAAAGUUUCAUUGGGUAAGAGCCAACUUUCCAGAAGUGAUGUUCUGUCUGUCCUUUCCUGCCUCUUGCACACACACCCAUCCUGCUUUGGAAGGUCUCCCCACUGGGAAGGAGAAGCUUGGAAAAUUCCUUUUGUGCACGUGGAAGUCCAUUGCACAAGAAGAAUGCUGCAGUUGGAUAUUGUUGAUUUCAGCUCAAGAUUUCAACUUUGUAGGGUUUUAUCUGACUUCUCUUUUGGCUGCUUUAUACCAGAUAGAAGCUCUUCUUUAGUUCAAAUAUGUGUACCCCUACGCUGGACAUUGUUUCUGCUAGCAGUAACUGGCAUAUUACUGGCCAUUCACGGUGAAGCUCUUAAAUCCCAUUAAUCUCAAUAGAAGAGGCCCAACUCUUCCACCGAAUUAACUGGGAAAAACUUACAGCUACAAUCCAAAGCCCAGCCACUGACUUGUGGGGCUUUGUGGAGCAGCAGGACCAUACCCACAGCCCUGCUGUACAUAGUGGCAGAAUGAAAUAUGGGGCAGUGGGAGGAUGAUCUCUGCAGCAGCCAGGAGCUGGCACAGUAAUCCACCCAGGUCUUACCACACAAAGGCAGCUGAAUAGAUCCUGAGCUAGCUCAGCCGCUCCCCACCUCUAGAAUGCCACCUGAAGGGAUCUCCCAGCGGCACACCUGUCCUGGAGAGCAUAAGAGAGAGCCCUUUAUUUGCAAAGUGAUGCUGGCAUCACUCCAUUGGUAGUGGCUGGCAAGAAGCCAGCAGAGUUGGGUGGAGGAAUGCCUAUAAGCAUAAACAUAAACACCAAGUCCAGUGCAAUGAUUUGCAUUGCUCUACCCCUUUUUGUUGUAUUUAUUUAGGAAUCUAGCAUAAUCAUAGAUUUCUAGCCUGCCCAUUCUUAAUAAAAACCAGUGCAAUAAAAUACUAUGUGCAAAAUGGCUUCAUGACGGCUUAUCCUUCCUGCUGAAGGUCAGCCCCCACAAAAGAAUGUUUUCUAGUUCUAGAGUUCUGUGGUUUGACGGUAACUACCAAAAGCACCCCUCUGUGCACUUUUGUUGUACACAGCUUGAGUCUAAACAGAAUAAUGAAAUGGCACUUGCAGCAGAUCAAGGUCAUUGCAAUGAAAUAUGCAGCCCCCACCUACUUGAGGCAUUGAGUAAUUAGCAGCAGCUCCUUGAAUUGCAUCGGGACUGCCAUGGAAACGGAACAUGCCACUUUUCUGCCAGCAGGUGGUAGCACAGAGCAAGUUGUUCGAUCUGCAUCUAAAAGCUAUCUGUUAAAAAAGUUAAUCACCCACCAUGGCCACCUCUUCCGUCCUUUUCUUCCUAAUGUAACACUUAAUGUCUCAACAAAUGAAACUGACCUGUAGAAAACGUAACUUGAAAAAAGUGACAUUGCACACACUUUUGCAAACCAAGAAAUCUUUAAUAAAAAAUAUAUUUUUUAAAAAUAGUACUUUGAGUUGCUUUAUUUAAAAUGGGCAUCAGACUUCCCAUUCCAGUUGAUUGUAUUGGUACAAGCUCAUGAAAAGGUAGACCAUAAAACCAAUAUCCUUGCUGGUUGUCAUCUGUGGCAAAUUAUAAUCCAGUUUUGUUCUUUGGUAAGUAGCUGCCAGUAGUACUACAAUGUCCCAAUUAUGGAAUUGCACAACAGGUACCAGCAUUGUUAGCACUGUUGCGCCAAGUAAAAACAUACCUGUUAGCCCAAGCCUUUGAAGGGUUUUUGUUAGCCUACUAUAGCUCUAAUUAGAAUGGCAAUCUGGGGUUUUAAUUACUGAUUUUGUUACUGUUUUGUUUGCUUUUGUUGGCUGCGGAUUUAAUUUAAAGGGUAACCUGCCCUGUGAUUUUCAUAUGAAGGAUGGAAUAUAUGCAUGAUGUACAUUAGUACAAUAUAAGUUCUAAUGCCUAAAAGUUGCAGUAACGAAAACACCUGAGCCGUGAUCAGAAUCGCCAUAUUAAACCUCUGUUACUUUUUGCCUUCCAGAUUAUGGGAUCCAUGAAAGUGUUGUCCUUCAUUGCAGACGGAUUUUAUAUCUAUUAUCCCAUGCUGGUUGUCAUUCUUUGUGUUGCUACAUACUUUAGGUAAGUAACAAGUAAUUCAGAUUUAUUUUGUUUGCUGGGAUAUUUGAAAUAGCUAGUCUGUUCCUUCACCCGUAUAUUUGGGUGUUUCCAAAAAGGUUGCGAAAACUUAAUUAAACAGAUGCCAUCCUUGCACAGUAAUAGAAAUACCAACAUUCUUUGUUAGCAUCAACCUUCAAGUGCUUAGUCACCCAUGCUUCCUUUGUUUUUGUAACACUGCUUCCAGUUAAGUUCAUUUAUGAUAGCAGGCUUAGUGUUUACCAGCAGAGUAAGCCUCUUGAGUUAGCGUGGGUAGAAAAAGAUGGGAUGCAAGACAAGCUCAUAGUCAGGUAAUAAGUGACCAGAAUGAAUUUGUACCAUAGAAUUUAGAGCACGCUAUACUCUACCCGACGCUGGUGGCGCUGUGGGUUAAACCACAGAGCCGAUCAGAAGGUCGGCGGUUCGAAUCCCCGCGACGGGGUGAGUUCCCGUUGCUCAGUCCCUGCUCCUGCCAAUUUAGCAGUUCGAAAGCAUUUCAAAGUGCAAGUAGAUAAAUAGGUACCGCUCCAGCAGGAAGGUAAACGGUGUUUCCAUGCGCUGCUCUGGUUCACCAGAAGCGGCUUAGUCAUGCUGGCCAUAUGACCUGGAAGCUGUGCCAAUAAAGCGAGAUGAGCGCCGCAACCCCAGAGUCGGUCACGACUGAACCUAAUGGUCAGGGGUCCCUUUACCUUUACUAUACUCUACCCACCCCAUAACUGGUGUCUUCUCCCAUAUUUUACAAAUUGUGACUCAAGCAGUUAUAUUCUAUUGUAGGUAUUCAUAAGUUGAUGAUGGUUCUUGGUACAUACACUUCAGCAUAAAAUGUAUUUUAAGGAUUUUAAAGGAUCUCGCCUUUCAUUUCUUUAUAUUCAACUGGACUUCAGAUUGCCCCCCCAAAAACCCACAGUUUCUCCACAUGUACCAUAUAGGUGAAGGUAAAGGUACCCCUGCCCGUACGGGCCAGUCGUGUCCGACUCUAGGGUUGUGCGCCCAUCUCACUUAAGAGGCCGGGGGCCAGCGCUGUCCGGAGACACUUCCGGGUCACGUGGCCAGCGUGACGAAGCUGCUCUGGCGAGCCGGCACCAGCGCAGCACACGGAAACGCCGUUUACCUUCCCGCUAUAAAGCGGUACCUAUUUAUCUACUUGCACUUAAGGGUGCUUUCGAACUGCUAGGUGGGCAGGAGCUGGGACCGAAAGACGGGAGCUCACCCCGCCGUGGGGAUUCAAACCGCCGACCAUACGAUCGGCAAGUCCUAGGCACUGAGGUUUUAUCCACAGCGCCACCCGCGUCCCUCAUGUACCAUAUAGGUUGACUAAUUUAUGUUCAUUUCUGCUUUAGAAGUGAGUUGGCGGAUCACUUUUCCCAAAUCACAUUUUUUAGAAUUGUGGAGUUGGAAGGGACCCCAAGGAUCAUCUAGUGCAUUUGCAUUUAUGUGAACAUACAAGUGCCCUCCUUCAUUCAUCAUAUUAUUCUUUUUCUGGCUGAGAGAGCAGAGAUGGGGUCAGGAAAGGGAAGUCAUAAGCUCAGCUGCCUUCCAAUCUCACCCUAGGAUUGAGGUCAAAACAGUUUUGAAGUCAAACCCCCAAAAAGGCAGUAGGUCAAAUCUCACCUUGCGGCUGAUGUCUUAUGCUUUUAUUUUUUGGCAAUGGAAAAAACGUUUCCCCCUCCUUUUAUCAGUUUAGGAACUCGAUGUUUGAACCUUUUGGGAUUCCAGCAGUUCAUGGGAGACAAUGAGAUGACUUCGGACUUAAUUGAUGAAGGAAAAGAGUUAAUCAGAAGAGGUAAAAAGAAGAAGAAAUAUUUUAUGGUUUUUAAUUUUUUUAACUGUUGUAAGCGACUGUAGGGAAAUAGACGGAAGCUAGCAUCACUGUCCUAACCAUCUCAACUCAGAAGUGAGUCCUACUGAAUUCAGUAAAGUUUACUCCCACACAAGCAAGGUUAGGAAUGUAACCUAAUAUGGCACCUAAUACUAUAUAUGUACCUCUGCUAGCAUCUCUCAGAAUUGGGAGAAAAGAAAGAUAAACCGACUUUUCAGGGCUACUGCAAAUUUGAAACAUUUUGUGCAUGAUUGAAUUAUCUAAUUUUGUUAGUCGGGGAAGCAAGACAGGCUGAUAAUGCAUUAAUGGAAAAAUGAGUAUAUUGUGCACUGGAACUCAAAGGUGCAGGACCAUAUGAAGCAUUAAGUGCAGUUUAGGAAAAAGUGAAUUUUAUAAAAGUUUGUGGUUUCUCCCUCCCCCCCCCCCAUUUCUCUGAUUGUCUUUUUUCACUGUUAAAGUGAAAAAACAGCAAACACCACCUAUGACAGAGCAUUGUUGUUUGAAAUUCUGUAAGUUUAUAUGAAUCCAUAGAAAUAAGUAAAAAGAAAAGUACAAGUUCAGAUUAAAUUUACAGAGGAAUCAAAAGUAAAUGAAAGUAUUUUCUCUCUCUUUAGAAAAAAGAAAACGGCAAAGACAGGAAGAUGGUGAAAACAGGAGAAGGGUAUAUAUGACCAGCUCAUUAUUUUUCCAUAGUCAGUAAGAGAUAGCGUCAGAAUUGAAACACAGUACAAUUAUGUGCAGAGUGAAACUUAAAAACCUAAGAGCCCUGAUGGAUCAGGCCAGUGUCCUGCCUAGUUCAGCAUCCUGUUCUCACAGUGACCAAAAAGAUGUCCUAGGAAAGCCUGCAAGCAGGACCUGAGUGCAACAGUACUCUCUCCAAUUGACACUCCCCAUCAACUGGUAUUUAGAAGUGUGCAGAUUCUGACACUGGAGGUAGAACAUAACCAUUGUGGCUUAUAGUCAUAGGUAGCCUUAUCCUCAAUGGCAUGCCUAGCUUUGUAUAGUUAUAUGAUUUAGGAGUGCACCAGGUUAUUACUGCACAUUUGAAACUUGCAUUCUGUGUAGAACAUCAGUUGCUCACCUUUUGUGGUUUAAAAUAAGGCGAUGCUCUUUUUUUAUCAGCUGAAGUUGUGCCCCACAGAGUUCAACCGCAGACCUACUUAAGGAACGGGAAAGGUUUUAGACUUGUAGCAGGCAGGUCUACCCCUCUGUUAUGCCGGCCAGUCUUUCCACUAAUCUCUAAUAAGGAUCCCGGAGAGCUAUAAAGAUUUCAGAAGAUUGGAGAGAGUGAUUUAAAAUCAUUGCAAUAAGAAUAAUUGUCAAACAAUAUUAUUCUGCUGUUACAUGUGUUAGAGGAUGUAUACAGUCUGUUGUAUGUGUUUGGUUUGUUUUGUUUUUGACCAGGAGUGGAAAGAACGAUAUGGGAACAACCGUGAAGAUUCUUCUAGAAACAGAAAUGUUCAAGCAGACCAAAAAGAGUCUAGCUUCACAGAGACUAAUACAACUAGAUGUAAGAGCUUAUCUUGUUUGCCAUGGCUUUUGCUUAACAGAAGUAGUACUGGUAUUAUGGUGCUCCUCUAUAUUUCAGAUUUAGGUACUUUCCAGCACUGCAGUAAAUUGGGCUGCAUCUAUACUAUCCAUUGUGUAACCAGCAUCCUAGCACUUUAAACAAACAUAGCUUCCUCCAGGUAACUAGUUUGUAAUGGGUACUGAGUCAUUAAGAGACCUCUAUGCCCCCCUCCCCCCCAGAGCCACAAUUCCCUCUUCCUAGGGAACUUUGAGAAUUGUUGCUCUAUGAGAGAAGUAGAGGUCUCUUAACAACUCUCAGCACCUUUGGAAAGUAUAGUUAACGCUGUUCUUGGGGGGAGGUUUUGACUGUUUAAAGUGGUGUGAUACUGCUUUCAAUGGAUAGCCCAGAUAGGGCCUUUGCCUGCUAGCUUUUUUCCUCGCUUCUACAUUCUGUAUUAACGUCAUGCAACCGAGACAAGAGCAUUUUCACCUCUUUCCUGGCAAAUGAUCUCUUCUCUUUCUUAAGUGAAGAGUGACCUGCUAGUUCAGGCCUGACCACCUCUUUAUUUAUCUGAGGAUCAUGGCUAGUCUUCUGUAUUUUGGUUCCGGUCUCGCAAUCAGCUAUACGUGGAUUAGUCUGCCUCCUAGAGAUUUUGAUGAGACUUGAGUAUGAGCAACUUGGAAUCAAGUUUGAAAAUAAUUAAAUAAGUUUGUGAACCAGUGCUGAGUUCUGCCUUAAAGCCAGUUGAUACGCUGUGCUGAUUUUGGAAAAUACACAUUCUCAUUUGAAGAAGAAGAGAAAAAAACUGCUCUUAACCCCUCAAAGCCAUAUGCUCUAAGCUUUGGAAACCCUGAUGGCGUAUUGACAGUACCAUUUAUUUAUGUGUUUGUUUGUUUGUUUAAAAAUAUUUUUCUUCUUUCAGCAGUAGCUUCUAAGUACACCCGAUCAAAUGGAAGGAAUGAAAGGGACAGAGUUGAGCUGCUUCAAGAUGCCGAACCUCUGGACUUUAAUGCUGACUCAGUUGGUGAAGAUCCUCUCGACUCCGAUUCAGGAAGGUGAGAAAUUCAGCAAUAAAUACAAAGGGAUCACGUAUCUAUAAAUAUCUUAUUCUUUUUCUCCAGCCAUCAUUAUAUUCUAACUUAUAUUUAGGAUCUUUUAUAAGGCAAAAUUAGAGCAUAAAUUUUUAGAGAUUAUAGCUUGUUCUUCCUUUUCAGGUUUCAUAUCUUACAGUUGUUUAACACAGUUUCUUCAUAUAGUUUCUUUAUAUAAUCUACAGGUACCAGCCUGGUGGAAGAUACCUGUCGAUGUCGCGAAGCAGAAUCUUUGACGAUGUCUAA